CCAGGUUAAGGGCCCAGCUUCCCUGGGAGGGCCUGCUACUUGGAGCCGCCUUCCUGUGAAGCUUCCGGCACAGGGCCUGGUGCGGGGGAGGGGCCACAGAAGCCACAGCCCAAGUCACGAAAGGGCCCACCCGGCCUCAGACACAGGCCCCUCCCUCUGGGCCUCAGUUUCUCCCUUCUACUUCCACCCUCCCUUGAGCCUCAGUUUCUGGCUCUGACAAAGUGCCUGCACCCGUGCUGCCUGGCUGCCUUCCCUUAUUCCAUACUGGGGAGACUGAGGCACACCCAGAGGUCACCUGAGGCCAAACCUGGACCGAUGCGCACCUUCCUUCCCAUAUGCUGGGGUCAGUCUGGGCCUACAGCAGGCCAGCUCCCUCCCCAAGAUGGACUCCAUGUCUGCAGCCAGGACUGUGCAGAGGCCCGGUGGACAAGGCCCCUGGAGAAAGUCAGGUGGGGAGGCAGGGACUGGGCAGAAGCUGAGCAGGGAUGGGCACUGCCUGUGCAAAGACCCUGUGGCUGCCUGAGGGGGUGGGUGUGCAAGGCUCUGGCUUUUCCUCCACAGCAGCGCAGGGUCCAUGUGUGUCAGAUGUCACCCCAGAGCUGUGUGGCAACAGGCCAUGAAGGCAUCGGGGAAACAGAGCACACACAGGGAUCAGAGGGAAAGGCCAGGUGGGUCCCACAGUUGAGAAAGACCUUCCUGGACUUCAUGAUGACAGCUACCUGGCCGGGGUGCAGCCCAGAGCCCUCUGGACCCCAGACCUAGGUCUCUCUGUGGGACAGGGAAGGCGGGCAGCUGGCGACUUGUCCCAACUCCACAGAGACCCUGGCCCUGGGCCCCAGCACCCCAGAAGAUGCUGGCCCACGCUACAGCGUCGCCAUUCCUGUCCAUGUCUUCAAGCCACGCAGGGGAGGACGCCUGGAGCAGGAGCAGCAUCAGACAUUCCCGCCCCACCAGUUCUGACCCUGCCCAGCCCUCCUCUCCUCUGCAGCAUGGCUGGGCCGGGGGUGGGGGGCAGGCCAGAAAGGCCCUUGGGAACCCCCUGGACAGCAGGCGGGGCAAUGAGACCCAAGCACCACUACUUAAGCGGCCGCCCGGUGACCCUGGGAGACACAGGGACAGGAUGCUGUGGGGCCUAGAGCUGCUGCUGGCCCUGUCCCUGGGGCUGCUUCGGCCGGGCAGGGGCCAGCCCCUGCUGGUGGAGCCCCCGGAGCCUGUGGUGGUGGUGGCGCUGGGCACAGCACAGCAGCUGACCUGCAGCCUGGCCUGUGCCCACGGCACGGCGGCCGUGCACUGGCGAGGUCUAGACACCAGCCUGGGCACCGUGCGCUCAGAACCCGGCCGCAGCGUGCUCUGGCUGCGCAGCGCCUCCCUGGCAGAUGCGGGCACACGAGUGUGCAGGGGCUCCUGCGGCAGCCGCACCUUCCAGCACCUCGUGGAAGUCCUGGUAUACGCCUUCCCGGACCAGCUGACCGUGUCCCCGGCCACCCUGGAGCCGGGGCGGGACAGGGAGGUGGCUUGCACGGCCCACAGCGUCACGCCCCAGGACCCAGACACCCUCUCCUUCUCCCUGCUCCUGGGGGACCAGGAACUGGAGGGCCUCCAGGCCCUGGGCCGGGAGGAGGCUGAAGAAGAGGCAGCCGUGGAGACCGAGGACCCUCUGUUCUGGGUGACCCAGCGCUGGCUGCUACCCACCCUGAGCAUCCCCGCCCCAGCCACCCUACACUGCCAGGCCACCAUGCAGCUGCCUGGCCUGGAGCUAAGCCACCGCCAGCCCCUUCCAGUCCUCCACAGCCCGACCUCGCCAGAGACUCCCAGUCCAACCUCGCUGAAGCCCUCGGACCUGACCUCGCUGGAGCCCCCCGACUUCAUCUCCACAGCACACCCCAACUCCAUCAUCUCGGUGGAGCCCCCCUACACCCCCUCCCCACAGGCCACCCCUGAGCAGGCCCCCUCACCCAGCCCCCACAGUCCCCACAGCUGCCGCCCUGAGAUCCGCCAGGUUCCCACAGCAGCGACGGAGGCAGGGGCUGGCUGGGGGCUGCUGUGCCAGGCAACCUGCGGGUCUGGAGUGGCUGUGCGCUGGACUCUGGCCCCCGGGGGCCUGGAUGCCUACAAGAGGAGGAUGGCCGGGGCCUGGGCCUGGCUGGGUGCACCACUGCUGACUAAUUCCAGCCCCGAGGGCUGGUUCCAGUGCCGCCUGGAGCCAGGUGGGCAGGUAGCCAACCUGUACGUGCAGGGCCGGAAUGCAGACCCAAGUACCUCGUCCAGCCCUGAGGUUGUCCAGCCAUCUGAGGCCCUGUGGAUGGGCAGCGUGGCACUGGGGCUGCUGCUGCUGCUAGCCCUGGGCGCCUAUUGCCUGAGGAAACACUGCUGGCCAGCAGCCAGGGACCUCUCUCACCCGUCCGUCUCUCUGGGGCUGCUGCAUGCACAGGACUCAGCGGGGUGACUGGCCACUCCCCGCACCCAGCUGCAGGGCUCUGGGCAGCAAAAGGGCUGACUAUGCGCCCUGUUCCCUGGGGCCCAACAGGCCUGUGACCCCUCUCCCCAGCUGGCCGGGCUUCCACCACGCUGAGGGUCCACUGCUGGAGAAUAAAGGCCACGUGGUCUGACCACUGGCGACACUUAUCGUGUUGGGAGAAGCCUGAGACCUCUGCACAUCUCUCAUGGUACGCUGCACCGGGCGACUGCCCGGCGACAGGUGUUCACACAUCCUCUAGAGCCAGGCCGGGGAAACCAGGGCCUGCCGGGCUGGGAGACACCAGGCUUAUGCACGCUUCUGUGUGAGGGGUCACUGCAGUGUAACAAGAAAUUAGGAGUCUCCAAAGGACUAGAGAAUUGUUUGGUGGGGAGGUAGCGUGGACACGGAGGGGAGGUUUAUGGAGGGAAAAUCGCUUGUCUUCAGGGAGAGUAGGAGCCGAGAAGGGUGGGAGAGCGGCUAGAAAUGAGAUCGCUAGUUGAAGGGCAGGCGAUUCCAGACAGCAAAGGGAGGAACUUGGACCUGAGGGAACUGGGGAGCCAUAGCAGUUUAAACUAUAGCAGACGCAGUGGUAGAACGCCCCAUCUGGUGGUUAGGAAGAGUACAGCCUGGGGAGGCUCAAGUCAAACACAGGCUGCUAGGCUGAGUGGCAGAAAUGCGGUCUGGACCGACCCCCAACCUCGCGAUAGGUCAGAUUUCUCUGAUACCCAGGGAGACUGGUUGCUAAGAAACCACGCUAAUAAAGGACUCGCCCACUAGCAAGAUGGCAAGCAAUACGGCUUCAUGCCAGAAAUCAAACACUUCUUACCGAGCCAUUUUGGAAUCUGGCAAAGUGCAGGCUCAGGGCCAGAGCCGAGAGCUCUAGUCAACACACUAUAUGCAAACAGAAGCAAAAGACAAUGCCAAUUAGACUUAGGGAAAAGGAUGGCUUUCUUUCGUUUUCUGGAGUUUCACGGAUGGGGGAGGGGCAGGUGGAAAUCUGCCCUCAA